UCCGCCUUCUCACCCACCCAAGUGCGUGCCACCACCCCAUGGAAGAUUCGAUGGACAUGGACGUGAGCCCCCUGAGGCCCCAGAACUAUCUUUCCGGUUGUGAACUAAAGGCCGACAAAGAUUAUCACUUUAAAGUGGAUAAUGAUGAAAAUGAACACCAGUUAUCUUUAAGAACGGUCAGUUUAGGGGCUGAUGCAAAGGAUGAAUUGCACAUUGUUGAAGCAGAGGCAAUGAAUUAUGAAGGCAGUCCAAUUAAAGUAACACUGGCAACACUGAAAAUGUCUGUACAGCCAACGGUUUCCCUUGGGGGCUUUGAAAUAACACCGCUUGUGUUGAAGUGUGGUUCAGGACCUGUGCAUAUUAGUGGACAGCACUUAGUAGCUGCGGAGGAAGAUGCAGAGUCAGAAGAAGAAGAGGAAGAGGACGUGAAACUCUUAAGUAUAUCUGGAAAGCGAUCUGCCCCUGGAGGUGGAAGCAAAUUUCCACAGAAAAAAGUAAAACUUGCUGCUGACAAAGAUGAUGACGAUGAAGAUGAUGAUGAUGAUGAUGAUGAUGAUUUUGAAGAUGAGGAAACAGAAGAAAAAGCUCCAGUGAAGAAAUCUAUACGAGAUACUCCUGGCAAAAAUGCUCCUACCAAGGCUUCUGGGACUGCUGCUGCUACCACCACCAUGGAAAGCACCAACAUGGGUCAUAACAACAGCACAACAUUAGCCAAGUAUGGGGCCCUUACAUUGGAGGCACUGUGCAACUGCACAGGCCACACACUCCUGAAGAUAGCCCUGGUGCCAGUUAGGCUUAUUGGUAUCAAGCCAAUCACCAAACAUAUGAAGUCACAGAGGUUAAGUGACCUCUCUCUACCUCACGAGGCUGUUGGGAAGAUUGAAGUAAAUGGGGGCUGUGGAAAGGGUUUUGUCAAAACUGAGAGGCCUGGAGAGCAAGGCUGGGCCCCAAAGAUGUCCUCCUACAGGGAGAGAUGCCUGCCCACCAACCCCAGCCCAAUGUCUGGGCUCUAUGUCUGUGUGGCAGCUGGCCUUCUCAAAGCUGUCCGUGCUCUGCCUGGUUCACGGAAAGAUCUUUAUGGCAAAGUGGGCAAGACAGCAGGUAAGUUCUCUUAUGGAAAAAGUAGUCCAGCUGCCUCACUGUACUACUGGGCUAAGCGUGGAUUCCUGGAGGGCUGUUUCCUCUUCACCUUAUAG